GUUUUUAGUUAAGUUUCUGAGAUAAACAAGGAAGAAUGAAGGCCACAUUUUCCAGAAAUUUGUUUCUAAUUUUCUUCCAAAGAUUAUAGUUAUGUGGUGUGAAUGUCGCAGCCAUUCGUUUUUGUUAGGCAAGAAUGUGCAGGUCAAUCAACCUGAGCCAUCCCUGUCACUUUCUUCUCAUCCUUCUUAUCUCCUUAUCCUUUGCAACCAAACCAAAUAAAAAUUCCUUAACCAGAACUACUAAUAUCCAAGAGAAGGGGAACAUUAUAAUUGAUUUCAAAUCUUAACCAGAUUGGCUUUGAGAAAUCCCAUUAAGAUGGAAUGGGAAACAGGGUUUAACAGAGUACUUUGAGUUCUUGCUGGAUUUGUGAAAGUGAUUAAUUAGUGUGAUUUUUUUGUUCUUUUUGAGACAUGGAGAGGCCAGGAAGUACUUCUUCCCCUGCCAGAAGAAAUUCCAACAGUCAGCUAUUAGAAGAAUUGGAGGCUCUAAGCCAAUCUCUGUACAAAUCAGAGACACCCAAAAGAGGAGCUUCACUUUCUAAUGUAAACGAAGGGAUUUCAUUACCAGGCCUGGCAAAUCCUCGCCAAGAAGCUUUCAUGGCUUCCAAAAACAAAAGGCAUUCAUUUGCUAAUCCCCACUCUCAUUCAAAUGACAGUGGAGAAUUGGCUACUGCGGGUCGUAAGGUUAGACAUUCUACUUCUGCAGCGUCAUCCGUUUCUGGACUUAAUGAUGCAGAUAACACGGACAUCAGAGGAAGAAGGAAGAGAAAUUCAAUGAGUCCCUUCAGAUGGCGCAGAGGCGAAGCACGCCAUUCAGAAGACGAUAAUGGUUGUGAUAUUAUAAUAGAGGAUGAAUUUGAGCGGAAGUUGGAGGAAUCUGGAGACAAAAGCAAAGGAUUUUGGACUUGGAAGCCUAUGAGAGCUCUGUCACACAUUGGAUUGCAUCGUUUUACCUGUGUAUUCUCUGUUUAUGUAAAUGUCAUAGAAGGCUUGUCCAGCUCCAUGAAUGGGCUUAGGCUUACUGUUCUCCUGCGAAAGAAGGAAACCAAAGAUGGGGCAGUUGAGACCAUGCCUUGCCGUGUGUACGAAGGCACUGCUGAAUUUGAAGAAAUUCUUCAUAUCAGGUGCCAUGUCUAUGGAGGGAAACACCAUUCUCAGGGGUUCAAGUUUCAGUCAAGGCCAUUUACUAUAUCGGUAAUUGCAGUAGAUGCUGAGGAAUUGGAUUUGGGCAGGCAUCACCUGGAUCUGAGCAUGUUGCUGCAAGAUACUGAGAGAAUGCAAGCUGCAGGAGAGGAAUGCAAUGGCUGGAAUGUCCAUUAUGAUCUGUGGGGAAAAGCCAGAGGUGCAAAGCUUGCUGUGAGUUUAGGAUACGAGAUCCUGGAUAAAGAUGGGCAUGGCAGUCAGAUUGGGAAUAUCAAUGCAAGGUUUAAGGAUUCACAUUCCAGAGACAGAAGGGUUUCCAAGAGCCUCCCCAAUUCGGCCAGGGGAACACCCAAGAUGGUCUCUGCUGGAUUUUUGUAUGAAAACAUGGGCUCCUCGCCUUACAAUCAGAUGGAGCCUGGAAGGGAGAUGCUCAAUUUUGUCAAAAUGGAUAACUUCAAUCUGAAUGAUGAGGCAGAUCACUCUCGUAUGUCACAAAAUUGGGCACAAGGAAGCUUUGUACAAAGAGAUGGUGCAGGUUCAAGUUCUCAUACAUCCAUUGCCCUCAGCACCCACCAGGAGUCAAAUAUGGACAAUGAAGCAGCGCAUUCCUCUUAUCUUCAGUCUAAUCUCCGGGGUUCAGAAUUGGAUACCUUAGAAGAAGGGGAGAACCAAGAAGAGGAAGGAGAUUUUGAGGUUGUGGAAAAAGGAGUGGAAAUUCAAAGGCCUGUGGAAGAAAUACCGGCUACUAGUACUGCAACAGAUUCUGUAGAGAACUUAGAUAACAAGGUGGAAAAGGAGGAAGAAGAGGAGGCAGGAGGAGGAGAGAUUGUGAAGGAAGUAGUGCAGGAAGAUCAGCUGAGGCAGAGUAAGAGGCUGAGCGAGCUUGAUCAAAUUUUUGAAAAGAUUCAUGCACUGGAGUCUGUGAUCUUGGAAAAGACCAGCAAUGAAUUAUCAGCGGAUUCCAUGAAUCAAAACCCUAGCAAUGAGGGUUUUGAGGAUGUGGCAGCUAAGAAGGGCUCGGAUUGUGCAAUUAAGGGCGAUGAGAAUAUAGAGGAGGAAGCUGAGCUAGUAGAAGGAGAGUUCUUGCACAUGCUGGAAGAAGAAGAUGCAGAAUUUGGAGAGAAAGAAGCUAUAUUCCCAUCACCCAACUCUGCUGAAAAAGAUAUGGAGCUAGCUUUGAUAUUAGAGGCAGCAGAAAAUGAGUUGCAGAAGGCAACACAUUCCUUGGAGAGUAAGAGGCGAGCUGCAUUGCUUGAAGAUGAAGAGACAGAGGCAUUAAUGCUUGAAUGGGGAUUGAAUGAAGAUGUCUUUCAGAACUCACCCCCCAAGUCUGAUAAUCCUGCUGGUUUAGGCUCUGGACAAUCUAAAUUACCGGAUCUGGGAGAAGGACUGGGUUGUGUAGUGCGUACCAGAGAUGGAGGAAUGCUUGCAUCAAUGGACCCCGGGCACUUUAGGACUGGUCAAAGAUUGGUGAUGCAUGUGUCCAAGCCUGUUGUAGUCCCUGCUGAAAUGGGUGAUAAUUCUGUUGAAAUUCUUCAGAGAAUGGCAGGCAUGGGAACUGCCAGCAUGGCUGCACAGGCCAUGAAGUGCAUGCCACUUGAUGACAUUACUGGCAAAACUGUGGGUCAGAUUGCAUUUGAAGGGAUGGCUAGCGUUAUAACCAAGCACGGACACUCUGAACACAAAGUGAAUUCAGUAGCUGCAAGCUGGAAGCCUAAAUCUGGAGGCCUGCAAACCAUAGACAAUCUCAAGGAGGAAUAUGUCUCUCUGGACAGCAUAGCACCUCUAGCCAUGCAACAGAUUGAAUCAAUGGCCUUGGAGGGGCUGAAAAUUCAAGCAGAAAUGGCUGAAGAAGAAGCCCCCUACACUUUACCUCCAGUCCCAUUGCCCAAGAAUGGGACCUUAGGCCAGCUCUUAGCUGCUGCAGCAGACAACAAUGAUGAAGCCUCCAAUGGUCUCAUGGCAAUGGCCAUUUCUCUAGAAGAUUGGACAAGAAUAGAUGCAGGCCUUCCUCAAGAAGAAGAAGCACCCAAGGGCAAUAAGACUAGGGCAAUUCUUGCUGCCCACCAUGCCCAUGGACACAAAAACAAAGAGCAUGGUCACAUGGGCAAUGCCCUAACUAUUGCAUUGCUUGUGCAACUGAGAGACCCAUUAAGAAACUAUGAAGCAGUUGGGUCUCCAAUGAUUGCACUUGUGCAGGCUGAAAGAGUUAGGGUUCCUCCAGGACCCAAAGUUUCUAGAACAGUCCCUGUGUCCAUUAAUGGGGAGGAAAAGGAGGAUGAAAUGGAUCAACCAAGGUUCAAGAUCAAGGAGGUUCAUUUGUCUGGACUGAAACUCCAGAUGGAUGAGAAGAAAUCUGUGUGGGGCUCUCAAAAACAGUUUCAGACAGGAUCCAAAUGGUUGCUUGCCAAUGGUAUGGGCAAGGACACUAAACAUCCUUUGCUUAAGUCUAAAUUGCAUAAUGCACAGAGCAAGGGCAAACAUGGAGAAUCUAUAUGGAGUUUAUCUGCUACUUCUGAGAAGAACAAGGAGACUACUAGAAAUCCAGAUGUUGUUUUUCCCAGGAGAUUCAUCUGGAGAGGGUGAAAUCUUUUAGAAUUCUGUUCUAUAUGUUCCUUUCAAUAUGUAUAUUGUUUGAUCUAAGCACUACCAGCUGGCUGAGUCCUCUCAGAUACUGAUUAUUGCUAAAUUUAUGAGGAAUUCAAUAGAUGCAUUCAUAUUAUUUGUAUUUGUAUAGGUAGAACAAGGACCAGCUACUGUUAGUGCCAAUCUCCAAUUAGCUAUUGCAAUUUGUUUAUUUGGUGUAUAAUAAAGUUCUUAAAAAAUAGCAUUGCAUUAAUAUGGUUUAUAUUGCUUUUAUGUUUA